AUGGAAUCCCUAAGAGUUGACGCCACGUUGCUUGCACAAUCGUCGAACAAGACUGUUCGUAUUAUAGGCCAACUCAAAUCGUUGGACACGGGAAACUCGUCUGCAAGUCUUGACUCUAACGGCUUGAUCAGCGUGUCGAGCUCCUCCAACACCGACGAAUUAGUCGUAGACAACUGGUACGAGGUGAUUGGGGUGGUGCAGAAGGACUUGUCGGUCAACGUUCUACAAUGGUUUGAUUUCGGCAAAGACUUCAACGGAAAUGCCGCCAAGAAGCUUGUUGAGGUCGUGCAUCGUGUUCCUGAGCUUUACCACUCUUGA